CCGAUUUUGGCUCUAUAAAAGGAUGUUGGCUCUGUGGGCUAUUUUUUUCAUUAAAUUGGUUAUAUACUACAACUUACACAUUUAGGAAUUUCAAAGAUUUGCACGGAGUUUAAAGACUUAACUUACGGGUGCAUUAGAAAAUAUGAUGAAUUUACGAAACUGAAAGUUAUUUUGAGCAUGCAGGUGAAGAGUUUUUAUGCACAUGCUGUGCAGCGUUUUCAAAGUCUUCGAAGAAAACGUAUUUUCAGAUAUGGUUUGCCUUUCUUGUUAUUUCUUUUUGUUGGAUCAUUUGGCAUCGAACAGUUUGCAUCCCUGCGAUAUGAAUUUAGGAAAAAUGAAACGUUAAAGCCUGAAAAUCUUGCUAAAUUAGGUAUAAAGAAAAAGACAGUUACUCUGGAAGAAGAGUAUGAGAAACUUAAAAAAUUGGACUUAGAUUCAUGGGAGAAUAUUCGAGGUCCUAGGCCAUGGGAAGAGCCUCAGCAAAUGCCUCCAAAAAAGAAGCAAUAAUAUUAUGUAUUAGCUAUUUUUAUUUAGUUAUUUUAAUAAAAUUGACAAAUAUAACAAUU